CUCAACUAAUAACAUCGUGAGCGCGUUCAAAUAGUUCAUUCGUUCCUGUCGCAGCUGCUGAAUGUGUAAGCAGGGCCAGGCUGUUGCCAGUUGUGUUCGGUCUUGUUAAUGGCCAACGCGAAUGCGGGCGGGUGUAAAAGAAAAAAAAUGCUGAGUGCAUGUUAACCGUGUGCGCAUUUUGUUUUUGUUUCCACUAUGCCAAGCCAGUGCGGUGCAUAGCGUGAUAAUUCGUAGGCAACUAAGCAAAAACCGAGUGAUUAUUUUGUUGUUUUUCUUUAGUUUCUAUAUGAUAUUUUUGCGUUGGAAAUAUCAAACGAAGUGAAUUUGAAAGUGUAAAUAUAGAUUAAUUCUUGAGUAUAGAACACAUAUGGCUUAUAUACGCACACUCGCCCACAUGAAAGCGCAUAUAAGAGAAAUGUUAAAAGUGCAAACAUUUUAAGGCUAUGGAAAGUGUAAAAUUAAAUUGAUAUGCUGAAUGUCCAAUUGUCAAAAAAUGCAAGCAAGCAAGAUUUAUGUGAUAAAAUGCAAAAUAAUAUGGGUUACAGACCCUGCGGCCAACAGCUUUAGCUGCACCGAUAAACAAAUGCGGAGUAAAUGAACGAAAAUUGUUUAAAUAAGAAAAUGUAAAACCAACAGAAAACAAGUAAUCCACUGUAAAUCAACCAAAGAAUCUACAAGUCGGUAUUUAUUAAGGAUCAUCGUGAUAAAUCUAGGAGCUAAGGACGCUACAUUAACAAACCCCAUCUACAAAAUAAUUAGUAACAACAAAAAUAUUUACAUAAAUUACACAAAUGACUGUCAACGGGUUACUUGGACGAUCAGUGUUGACUGAAGGACCUCGAUCGAAUCGACGCUCCUUGAUUUCGCUUAUAGUGGGACUGGUUGUCGGUUUCUGUCUUGCGGAAAUGUUCAUAAUGUCGUCGCCUUCGCGUCCCGAAUAUACGCCAUAUGCCGGCCACCAACAUGGAGACGCCAACGAUGCGCACAACAGCCACGAUAUGUUGGGGGAGGAGGGGCCCGAAGCCGAUGUUGGCUCUCAUCAGCACGCAUUCGAAAAUAACAGCUUAUCGACAAAAUUAUACAAUGAGGCGCGCGUGUUGUGUUGGAUCAUGACAAAUCCGAAUAAUCAUAAAGCAAAGGCGCGACAUGUGAAGCGAACGUGGGGGCGUCGUUGUAAUAAGCUUGUGUUCAUGAGUUCUCAGAAGGAUGAAGAAUUAGGCUCGAUAGCAUUGCCGGUGCAGGAGGGACGCAACCAUUUAUGGGCGAAGACGAAAGAAGCGUUUAAGUACAUUCACGCUCACUACUUGGACGAGGCCGAUUGGUUCUAUAAGGCGGACGAUGACACAUACGCUGUCAUGGAAAAUAUGAGGUACAUGCUAUAUCCUUACUCGCCGGAGAGUCCCAUUUACUUUGGCUGCAAAUUCAAACCGUAUGUGAAACAGGGUUAUAUGUCCGGUGGUGCUGGCUAUGUACUCAGUAAGGAGGCGGUACGCCGCUUUGUCGAGAAAGCCAUACCGAAUAAGAAAUUAUGUAAACAAGACGGCACUGGUGCAGAAGAUGCCGAAAUUGGCAAAUGUUUGGAGAAUGUAGGUGUAACCGCUGGCGAUUCACGUGAUCAGCAUGCACGUGGCCGUUUCUUCCCAUUCGUGCCGGAACAUCAUCUAAUACCCUCGCAUGUAAAUUCAGAUUUUUGGUAUUGGAAAUAUAUUUACUACAAAACCGAUGAGGGCUUGGAUUGCUGUUCGGACACAGCCAUUUCCUUCCAUUACGUAACGCCAAAUCAAAUGUAUGUAUUAGAUUAUUUGAUAUAUCAUUUGCGACCAUAUGGCAUUAUCAAUGCACCCGAACCGCUGCCCGAACGUUUGAAAGUGGGAGAAACGUUGCCACCUCCUGUAGAGCCUGUAGAUCCUGUAGAACCUGAACGUACCGAAAUAAUCUCAACAUAAAAGGAAGCUUACGCAUUAGUUCGUAUACAUAUAAGUACAUCAGUAUAAAAAAAGUGUGUUAGCAUUCAGAAAAGUAGAUCGUUUUGUAUAUAUUUUUUCUUUUUUUUUUUAUAACUGAGUAUUUUGUGUUAACUAAUUACGUACAAGUAUGUAUCUAGCCUAGAAUAUGUGCGAGUAUGUAAAUGUUUGCCAUAGUCAACAGUUGGUGAAGUUUAUAUGGAGAUGAUCUAAAAUGUGUUGAAUGUUGUACGAUAUAGGAAUUGUACAAAAAACAAACAAAAGAAGAAAAGAAAAAAACAGCCCUCAAAUAAUUCCAAGUUGUAUUAGAUAGUUACUUCGAUUAGAUUGCUUUAGAUUUAAGAUAGAAUAAGGAAUAUUUAUAUGUACACACAAGUCUACUUGAUUCAUAAUAUUCCUAUUUUUAAAAUAGUUUUGUUAAAAACUUGUACUUCAAUCAAAGGAUUUCAUAGAAUUAACGAUUUUGUAUUGUAUUAGAAAACAUUAGUGGUUGAAAAAACAAUGACUAGUAGCAAAUACCCUGAUUAUCCAGCUAAGAGCUCAUGUUUGUGAACUAAUUUCAUUGAUGACUGGUUUCAUUUGAGAUGCAGUAAGACAUAAAACUAAAAACACCGAACUAAAAUCGAUUACAUUUUCCAAAAAUUCUCUUAUAAAAUACUAAUUAAGCCUAUAUACCAAAGAAAAUGCUUUCGUAUUUAAAACACCAAAACAAAACAAAACAAAAAAAAAAAAAAAAAUUACUACCUACCUUACUACCACACAUACAAAAAUUCA